AUGGUGCCUCGCCCGGUGUCUCCAAGCCCCGCGGAGCCGCUGAUACCGCGGUUCUACGCGGGGAGGUCCAUCCUCAUCACCGGAGCUACUGGCUUCAUGGGGAAGGUGCUGGUAGAGCGCAUACUAUCCACUUGCCCCGAAGUCGGUCGCCUGCACCUGCUCAUGCGCGACAAGAAGGGACACUCGCCGCAGAAGAGACUCGCUCAGCUCAAGCAGUCACAGGUGUUCGACAACGUGCGCGCACGCAACCACCGCCAGCUGGACAAGCUGUGCGUGGUGUCGGGAGACGUGUCCAGGCCACAGCUCGGGAUGGAUGCUGACGCCAUCGCACAGCUCAGAGAGGUGUCCAUAGUGUUCCACUCAGCCGCGACGCUGAAGUUUGACGAGCCGCUGCCGGUCGCCAUCGACCAGAACGUGCGCUCCGUGGAGCGACUGCUUGACAUCUGCGACAAACUGCCCAACAUGGAGGCCUUUAUCCACGUAUCAACAGCAUACAGCAACGCAGAGCUGACAGUGGUGGAGGAGCGCGUGUACCCUGCACCAGUACCGCUGGCUCAGGCUUGCACCCUCGCCGAGACACUGCCGGUAGACCUACUCGGACAGAUCAAUACACAGUACAUUUCCCCGAAGCCCAACACGUACACGUUCACGAAGGCGCUGGCAGAGAACGUGGUGCAGGAACACGGGAACAGGGGGUACCCAGUCGCCAUAUUCAGACCUACUAUUGUGAUAUCAUCUCUCCGACAUCCGUUUCCUGGUUGGAUUGAGAACCUGAACGGUCCAAGCGGUGUAGUAGUGGCAGCCGGCAAGGGUCUACUCCACGUAUUCUGCUGCAAGAUGGCCGCCCGCGCUGACAUGUUGCCAGUCGACAUGGCUAUAGACACGCUGCUUGCUGUCGCUUGGGAGACUGCUGUAGACCGGCCAGAAUCAGUGCGCGUGUACAACUGCAGCACGUGCGAGAACCCGACGACAUGGCGGGAGUUCGAGACGGCACUGCGCCACCAUCUGCGAGGGCACCCGCUCGACAACGCAUUCUGGUACCCCAGCGGGAUCACCGUGGAGAACAAGCUUACACAGAAAACGUUGGAGACAAUAUUGCAAACAGCCCCGCUCCAUAUCGCUGAAUACAUCUCAAAGAUUCUAGGAAUAAAAACUAGGUUGAGCCUCAUAACAGUGAGUCAACGUCUCAUUGCCAUGAAUGAGGUGUUAAGAUUCUUCUCAGUACGUGAGUGGCACUUUGUGACUGACAACGUGCGUAAACUACACGCCAGACUAACGCCGCAAGAUGCUGCCAUCUACAACCUGGAUCCGCAAACUAUUAACUGGGAUGAACAUUACUGCAAUUUAUAAAAGGAGCAAGAAAAUAUUUGUUACAAGAGAAAGACCAAGACAUUAACGAGGCAAAGAAACAUUUGCGCAGGAUGUAUUACUUGCACCAUGGCGUCAUGUUCUUCGUUGUAACACUGCUCUGCCGCCUAGCACUGCGCAACCAGUACUUGCGCGCUUUCAUCUACCGUACCUUCAGAAUGCUACUGCUGUCGCCGGCUCAGCUUACAUGCGUAUACGACAGAGCUGA